AUGAGCAGGUCUCUUGAGCCGGUAGAUGUCGUCGUUCCAUCUAUAAGCUACCUGGGCGAAAUGGAGGAACGUCUCCAACUUGCCCGUGAUUGUCUAGGCCAAGUCCGCCGGUGUGACUCGGAGCUGGCCGACUACCAGCUCAACUUGAUGCAGUUGUCUAUCGUCCUAACAAUCGACAUCCACGACCUACGGUACUUGAGCAUAUUCCCGGGUUCAGUCCUCUAUAGCAUCUUGGAACAUACCGAGAUGUUUCUCAGCGGCGGUAAGUCCCUAGAAGAUACGGAUGAACCGACACUAGUGACCGACAUUAGUGUCGAGGAGCCAUCCGAGGAUGCAUUCACUUCGACACCGGUAGAGGCCGAGCCUUCAUCCCGGGCAGCCGAGCGGGCACAAUCCGAAAAGCACGCCAAGGGAGGAGCAAGCGGGGGGCCUUCGCCGCCGCCGCCGCCGUCGCGAAGAGCCCAAGGUACCCCUCGAGGCCCUCGGGGAGAGCAGGCGAGGCGUGUGGCCGAAGUGAAGCUGGUCCGGGAGCGGGACAACCGAGGGUGUGUUGUUACUCACCGUUCGCAUCCUGAGGCAGCUCAUAUCGUUCCGUAUGCCAUGCUAAAUAGCCCUGUCAGAGUGGAAAAGGCACGCACUUUCCUAACGGUUUUCCUUCAGCGGGUGGCGCCCCGAUUAUCGAGCGAAGUGCACCAGAUACUCAUUCCUUCAGAUCCUCAAACCCGUCAGCCGGUAGUGUCGGGGGGAGAUUAUGCGUUCAAUAUGAUCUCCUUGAACAAGCACCUCCAUUCCUACUGGGAUCAGGCCAUAUUCGGGCUCAAACCAGUCCAAGAGUUAGAGCAUCGCUUCUAUGGAGACGGAGAAAAGACGAGGUUGGUCCGCGUCGAGUGGCGUUGGAUGCCCACGGGCCUCCCCGCGGCGCUGGCCAAGAGUACCCACGUCUUGCCACUUGCCAGGAAGAGCAGGCUAGCCCACUGUCGCCGGAAGGUCGAUCUAGACUCGGAAGGGCUUGGGGACUUUCUCUGCUCAGAGCUCCAGAAGACAACCGGGGAUGAGGCUCACAGCGGCGACGGCGGCGACGGCGGAGAUGUUACCGACUUGCUCGGUCCCGGCCUGCCCAUUGAAUCCGGGUACCGGUUCGACCUAAGGGUGGCCGCCGCCGACGCAUACAAGAUGGAGGCGCUGCUGAGAUUCCAGUGGCUCUCGAUCCAGAUGGCGGCCAUAUCGGGGGCCGCCGAGGUCCAGGAGAGCCUCCGCGAUGAGCCCGAUGACAGAUACAAGGCCAUCUACCAGCGCCUAGAGGCCAAGGCUAUGAAAGAGGUCCGGGAUCAGUCUUCCAGGCUGGGCAGCUGGGGGGAUGCAGGAGAAUCGAGCGAGGAAGAGGAUGGAUCAGGACGCUAG